AUGGCUUCCGCUGCGCGCCUCUCCCUCCUCUGCCUUGUUUCCGCUGCGGUCCUCUCCGGCGUUGCUGCGCAGCAGGUCAAUGUUCCGGUGACGGUGCAGUGCCUAAACGUGCUGGAGAACAACCAGAUCCUCAACAUCCCUGGAGCCAAUUGGGCCUCUGCCAUUGGCCCGAUUAACCUGGGCGUUCUUGGCCAGGGCACUCUCACCCCCUGCUACAACCAGCCGCCCGCAGGCGGUCGCAAGCUGCUGCAGCAGAUUAAUGUCCCGGUUACAGUUCAGUGCCUGAACCUGCUGGAGAACAACCAGAUUCUCAAUAUCCCCGGGCUCAACGUGGGCGUCAUCCAGCUCAUUCUGGCGGCGCUUGGCGGCGCCGGCCAGGCCCCCACCGCGCUUUUCUACAACACCGGCAGCAGCACCAACAACUGCGUCAACAACCAGACCUUCAACAGCAACUCCAGGUGCAGCUCCGCGAUUGGCCCGAUCAAUGCUGGCAUUUUGGGCCAGGGCACUCUCAUCCCCUGCUACAACACCCCUGCCACCCCCGCCCCCACCGCCGCCGGCCGCAAGCUGCUGCAGCAGGUUAACGUGCCGGUUACCGCCCAGUGCGUUAACCUGCUGGACAACUCCCAGAUUGCUAACAUCCCCAUGGCGGUCGUCCAAGUCAUCGAAGUGAUUGCCGCAGUCGCCGGCGGAGGCGGCCAGACCCCGUCUGCCAUCUUCUACAACACCGGCACCAGCACCAACAACUGCCAGAACAUCCAGACCUUCAACACCAGCGGCUACUGCAGCUCCGCGGUGGGCCCCGUGAACGCUGGCGUGCUCGGCCAGGGGUCUCUGAUCACGUGCUACCCUCCCCCCCCCGGCGGCCGCAAACUGCUCCAGCAGAUUAACAUUCCCAUCACCGUCCAGUGCGUUAACCUGCUUAACAACAACCAGAUCGGCAACAUCCCCAAUCUCAACGUGGGCGUCAUCCAGCUAAUCUUGUCCGCGCUCGGUGCCGGAGGCCAGGACCCCACGGCCGUCUUCUUCAACAGCCAGCCAAGCGGCAGCUGCGGCACUUCCACCAACCACUGCGAGAACAACCAGGAGUUCAACAACUACAGCAAGUGCUCGUCCGCAGUCGGGCCCGUGAGCGCCAGCGUUCUUGGCCAGGGAACUCUCAUUGCCUGCUACGGUUAA